AUGGCACAGACGGUGGGAAGAAACGUAGCAGCUCCGUUGCUGUUUCUUAACUUGCUUAUGUAUGCUAUUGCCUUGGGCUUUGCUAGUUGGUGUACUAACAGGUACAUCAAUGGCCAGACCAACCACCCAAGUUUGGGAGGGAAUGGAGCAACAGGAUUAUUCCUGACCUUUGCAAUAUUAGCUUCUGUUGUUGGCAUAGUAUCUAAAUUGGCAGGUGGCACCCACGUCAGGGCGUGGAGGAGUGAUAGUCUAGCUGCAGCAGGAUCAGCUUCGCUGAUUGCUUGGGCCAUCACUGCCCUAGCCUUUGGGCUUGCAUGCAAGGAGAUAAACGUAGGAGGCCACAGGGGUUGGAGACUGAGGGUAGUAGAGGCGUUUAUAAUCAUUUUGACAUUUACGCAGUUUCUGUACGUCUUGUUGCUUCAUGCUGGAAUGUUUAGCAGCAAGUAUGGUCCGGGAUACCGCGACAGAGACUAUGGCAUUGGAGCCGGUACUGGCGAACCUAUACAUAAGGGUGGUGCUGUUCCGGUAGCUGGCACUAGGGUUUGA